AUGCCAACACUGGAUGACAUUUUAGAGCACAUCGGAGAAUUUGACAGGUUCCAGAAACAAACCUUCUUCGCCCUGUGUUUGCUUUCUGCUGCCUUCACUCCAGUCUAUGUGGGGGUCGUCUUCUUCGGGUUCACCCCCGAGCACCGCUGCUUCAGCCCUGGCGUGGCGGAGCUGAGCCAGCGCUGUGGCUGGAGCCUGGCGGAGCAGCUGAACCACACCGUUCCCGAGUGGGGCAGCCAUGGGGCCGCCUACAGCAGCCGCUGCAGCAGGUAUGAGGUGGACUGGAACGCAACGGCUGUCAGCUGCACCGACCCCCUUGGAAGCCUUGUGGGCAACCGGAGCUCUGUCCCACUUGGCCCCUGCCAAGAUGGGUGGGUCUACGACUACCCUGGCACCUCCAUAGUGACUGAGUUUAACCUGGUGUGUGAGGACUCCUGGAAGCUGGACCUCUUUCAGUCAUCUGUGAACAUUGGGUUCUUUAUUGGCUCCGUGAUAAUCGGCUACAUAGCAGAUAGGUUUGGUCGCAAGCUCUGCCUCUUGAUCACAGUCCUCAUCAAUUCUGUCUCAGGGGUUCUCGUGGCCUUCGCACCCAGCUACACGUGGACAGUGAUCUUUCGGUUGAUCCAGGGGCUGGUCAGCAAGGGGGGCUGGCUGACAGGCUACGUCCUGACUGCAGAAUUUGUUGGCUUAAGCUUCCGGAGGACAGUGGGCAUCAUCUACCAACUUGCCUUCACUGUGGGACUCCUCAUCCUCACUGCCGUGGCUUAUGUGCUCCCACGCUGGAGAUGGCUUCAGCUUGCUGUCACCCUGCCCAAUUUCUUCUUCCUACUCUACCACUGGUGUCUGCCCGAGUCCCCCAGGUGGCUAAUAACUCAGAAGCAAAAUGACAAAGCUAUGGAAGUUAUUAAGCGCAUUGCCAAGAGAAACAAGAAGCAGCUACCUUCCUCCUUCCAGAACCUCAAAUCUGAAGAUGAAGAUGGAGAAAAGCUGAAACCUUCAUAUCUGGACCUGGUCAGAACACCUCAGAUAAGAAAGCACACAUUCAUUUUGAUGUACAGUUGGUUCACAAGCUCCGUCCUCUACCAAGGGCUCAUCAUGCACAUGGGACUAGCUAGUGGGAACAUUUACCUGGAUUUCCUCUAUUCUGCUCUUGUUGAGUUCCCAGCUGCCUUCAUCCUCUUGUUAACAGUGGAUCGCAUUGGCCGCCGCUACCCAUGGGCUGUGGCAAAUGUGAUGACGGGUGGUGCCUGCCUUGUUACAGCAUUCGUCCCAGACACUCUCUACUGGCUUAAAAUGACCGCAGCGUGCCUGGGCAGGAUGGGAAUUACCAUGUGCUAUGAAAUGGUUUGUUUGGUAAAUCCUGAGCUGUAUCCAACUUCUCUCAGGAACCUAGGGGUGCUGAUCUGCUCAUCCAUGUGUGACAUCGGUGGAAUCAUGACUCCCUUCAUCGUGUACAGACUAGCGGAGCUCUGGCACGAGCUGCCCUUGGUUCUCUUUGCUGGGAUUGCUUUUGUUGGUGGUGGCUUGGUGUUGCUCCUACCUGAGACGAAGGGAAAAACUCUGCCUGAGACCAUUGAAGAUGCUGAAAACAUGCACAGACAAGAAAGAAGCAAGGAAAACACAAUUUAUCUUCAAAUUCUGACUUCAGAAGCCGUACCCAAGUAAGGCUCCACUUUUAUUCCAAACCUGCUUUCACUGGGCAGCAAUGGAGGGGCCAGCACAACAGCCCCCACCCAGCACUGAGGAAAGGACCAUGGACACAUAGCCCACCCUUUUCCAGCUUG